GAGGGACCGCCCCCGCGCCCGCCGACGGCACCGCCGCGCUUUAAAAGCCUGUCCCGCGGCGCGUGGAGGCGCGGAGACCAGUGCGCCCCAGCCCCGGCAGCCCGCCGAGCAGUGUCAUGGCGGGUAAGUGCCCCUUCCCCACCCGCGCCCCCAGGGCGGCGUCGGGGGCCCUCGGCCCCCAAUUCCCCCCGCCCCCCCUGCCCCGCUGGGGCGCCGCCCGCACCUGCCUGUGGCUCCUAGCACGGGAAGAGGUGGAGAGGGAGGCCUGCUCCUAGAGGACCUUUGGGGGUCAGGAAGGUGGGGGGGAGUGUCUCCUCACCACUCCCCUCGUCCAGACCCCAGAGCCCCGGAAGCCCCGUGUCCUCACGUGACCCGAAGGAGGCCCCUUCUUUGUCAGAGGAAGGCAGCAGGCGCCUGGGAGCGAGCGUCCCAGAGAGGGCGCUGAAACGGGAGUGGAUCCUGCCAGUUCCCCGCAAUUGUACGGGUGCAGGCAGCAAAGGGUACUUGUGUCUCCGUUUCUCACGCCCACUGCCCUUUUCUUCAUCCACACUCCCGUCGUCUCCAGCCGACUCCCCUAAGAGGGUUCAUCUUGAUAGAGGGUUGAACAAGGGAUUGGGUUGUAGAGACAGUUACAGAAUUCAAACGUGAGUUCGGCCUCUCAGCAGGUUCCAGGACCCCAAAGGAUAGGGCUGGGAAUGCAAACCAGGACAUCACCCCUUCCUGGGCUUUCCUUAUGUACAUGAUGCCCACACUCGGGUUUGCUCUCAAGCCUGAAUAGGAGUCCAGGGAAGAUAAAGGUUCUGGUAAGCGCAGAUUUAAUUUCUACUCAGAAGCACAAGAAAAUGGUUCAUUUCAACCUGAAUCUCAAGUCCAGGGCCAGCUGCUUUCCAAAGGAACAGGAAGCCUGCUUCUGUGUCGCUCCUGGGGUCCAACUCAGGGCAUGUGGUUGCUGCCCAAAUCCUGCCCCCAGCAGGUCCGUGGUGUGAAGGGGAUGGCUUUCUCCAGGCAUCACAGUCCUAGUGGUCUUUGCCCCCAGAGCAGGUGGCCCUGGUAAUCGGGGGCCUCGCUGGGGGGCUGCUACUGCUACUGCUAUUGAUCUGGGUGAGCUGCUGUCUGUGGAAGAGGCUUUGUGCCAUGUUCACCUAUGAGGAGUUGCCAGGGACCACAGCUGCGUCCAGCACACAAGGGGACAAGCUCUGCCCGCCAUAUGCCGCCAGGACCCGGACAAGCAGGCUCAGAGGACAUAGUAACGGGUCCAGGGAACACAACCAGUAAAUGGCUGAGGCAGUGCUGGCCCCACUGGCUGCAGACAGGCAGAGGCCACCAGGUGUGCCAUUCGUGGUGCCCCCUUCCUUCCAAGACCGAGACUGGGUACCCCUGAACAGUGGAGAGUGGGCUCAGGUCCCACGGGACCCCUACCCAGCCCCGGAGCUCCUGCCCCACACCUCCAGCAGCAACCUUGGCAUGGUGGGGACCAUCAACCCAGAGCUAUACAAGUUCCUAGAGGACACGAGUGAGACGGACUUCCCUGAGGGUUGCCUGGGGCGGCUGUGGUUCUCCUUGGAAUACCAGCAGGAAGCCGAGCGGCUGUUGGUGGGCUUGAUCAAGGCGCGGAGGCUGCAAGGCCCCUCAGAGACCUGCAGCCCCCUGGUGAAGCUUCAUCUGCUGCCCGACGAGCGGCGCUUCCUCCAGUCCAAGACCAAACGCAAGACCUCCAACCCGCAGUUUGAUGAGCACUUCAUCUUCCAGGUGUCCAGCAAGAGCAUCACUCAGAGGGUACUCAGGUUCUCCGUGUACCACGUGGACAGACAGAGGAAGCACCAGCUCGUGGGCCAGGUGUUCUUCCCCCUGAAAAACGAGACCCUGGCAGGUGACUGCCCGCGCCUCAUCUGGAGAGACCUGGAGGCUGAGAGCCUGGAGCCUCCCUCUGAGUUUGGAGACCUGCAGUUCUGCCUCGGCUACAACGACUGCCUGCGCCGCCUGACUGUGGUCGUGCUGCGAGCCAAGGGCCUCCAGCUCCAGGAGGACACGAGUUUUGUCAGUGUGUGUGUCAAAGUGUCUCUGAUGAACCACAACAAGUUUGUCAAGUGCAAGAAGACUUCGGCUGUCCUGGGCUCCGCCAACCCCGUGUACAGCGAGACUUUCAGCUUCAAGGCCGACCCCGCUGAGCUGGACACUGCCAGCCUCAGCCUGACCGUGCUGCAGGGCGCCGAAGGAGAGAAGAGCCACGCGCUGGGCCGGGUGGUGGUGGGCCCCUACAUGUAUGCCCGGGGCAAGCAGCUGGAGCACUGGAACGAGAUGCUCAGCAAGCCCAAGGAGCUGGUGAAGCGCUGGCAUGCCCUCUGUCGCACCACUGAGCCCUGACCCGGCUCGCGCCCUCGGGUCUGCGGGGGAGCCUGCUCUCCUCUCCCCUGUGGCAGCUGCAGGCCUGGAUGCUCCAGCCAGCAUCUUGCUGGGCCAGGCCGGCCGGAGCCAGGGCACUGUGAGUGCCACCACGCAGGAGAGAAGGGACGAGGGAGCCCCAGCCAGCUUGGCAGCGUGGCUGGCUGCCACCCACCAGCCUCAGGUACCCUCACGACUCACUCCAUCCUCCUCUCCCCGUGGGGCUGCCUGGGCUCCGAAUCCCAGGCACCACAGUCCCGAUUUGGACCGGAAUCUCAGGCAUUCAGAAGAAAUACUCUAUUCAGCGAUAGCAGAGCUGUGUGUGCUCACUGGAAACUUAGGCUCCACCAUCCCAGAAAGCUGAUGGCAUGUUGAUGCUAAACCUAUAUGGGCUCUGAUUUCCCUGCCUCCCGUUUAGCAGAGAACACAGACUGCGCCGGGGGAAUAAUGGGGUGCAGGGGGCACCCAAAGCACUGAUUUCAGUUGGUCCACUAUAAAUAGCACAGUCUGAGAGUUGGGUUGGGCAGUUCAGUGUGGAACAGCCCCAGGAUUCCUGGGCAGCACGGUGUGCCCACAGCUCAGGAGAGAAAGCUCUCAGGGAUCAAGACUCGCUGGCUUUAGGACCUGGGAAAUAACAUUGGGAACAGCCCACCCAGGUACCAAGUGGUGGACGUGUUCUCGGCAUCCUGUCCCUGUGCCAGGGAGGAGGCCUUCACCUGUGUUAGGUCCCUCCCAGAGCUGGGUCAGAUCCUGGCCCACAUCAUGCCACAUCUUGCCCAUAAUCCAAGCCUCACGCCCCUGGUCUUACAGGUGUUCUAGUGGCUUCUGUGGUCUCCCUGGUUGACAGCAUUCAGCUCCUUGGGGCUCUCACUUUAGGCAGGAAAUGGUGAAAGCAUGCGGUGAAAAGCGUAGCCCGCAGGGCUGAGAGCUUUUCCCAUAAACCUAAGUGAUUUCAUUAUGGGGACUGUGUUGUGGCAGGUGUCUGUGUGAAGUUCAUUAAAAUGGAAGUCCCCACAAACCACAGUCAUCCGAUCCCCGUGAAGUUGUACUCAAGGUAAUGAGCAGCCAUCGCGUCUGUCUCUGUUAACAGGCAACCUGCAUUUUCACCCAAAUGCUGUUGAACUUGCGGGGUCAACACACCGUAUUGUGAAAAUGGAACAAACUUUAAACUCGUGUUGUCUCUUUUCUUAUGCAGUGAAGCAACUUCAGCAAAAGAAAGUAGCCAUCAUUAUUCUCCGUUUGUGCCUCUUUAACUUCGCUUCUGAUCUGAUCUCUGUCAAUGCACAAAGACUCACUUUACCUGGCAGUGGUCCAAACAGAAUAUCUUGUUUACUUUUUCUCAUUUAUUGUACACAACAAUAAAUUCCAACAAAGCCCA